GCCAAAGAGACUUGCAUUGCAGGGGGCUGGACUCUUGUCCCUAUAAUUCCAUGGUUCUGUUAUUGAUCUUAUUAGUUGGCAUAUAUCAGUCUUGGGAGACGAUUUGGGGGUGAAGUCAAACUCUACAAUUCUAUGCUUCUAUUAACGCUGAAAGUUUAAAUGUUAACUCUUGACGCGUGAGGAAGCCUUUAUCUUUUGUUCUUAGUCGUUAAACCUCCCCGCUAGAGCGCCCGAGACAUGCCCAUAUGUGGAUGCAUGCAUGCAUGCAUGCAAGUGGCUGAGUGGGAACUGCUUCUGCACCCACCCACCACGCGCGCCACGUGUGAACUCCGGGUCGCGGUUGUUGCCGCGCAGACUCCUCCUGCUCCGAUUCCCGGCUCGGCCGCUAGGGGCGGGGCGGAGCUGCUCCCCGGCUGCUCUCUUCCUUGGGCGGAGGGGCUGGUGGUUUUCUGCUAGCAGCGGGGUACCUGUUAUUCCUUUAAAGCAAAACGGGAACCUGCCACAUGUGAAAUCUGGAAGCCGGAAGAUUGCUCUGAGGUCGGAGAGGAGGAAGCGAAGCGGCGAUGUGAAAAUGGCACGGGAGAUGGGGGCGAGGCAGAUGCUGCAGCGCUGAGCGUGCAGCUCCUCCGAUUUAUUUCGCAUCCUCCUCCUCCUUCUCCUCGGGACCAAGGUACCGUCUCUGCCCGCGUCCGCGGAGAGCUAGCCGGCGUCUCAGCGCUCGGGUGCCCGCCGGACCAGCCUGGCUUUUGUUAUUUAUAGCUAGGUGGGGCUGGCGGGGGUGGGGGCCGGAGCCCAGCGAAUCGACUGCAUUGAUUGGCUGGACAGGUUUUCAAAAAGAGAUUUUAUAUCUCUCUCUCUCUCUCAUCAUUGCAGUCUUUUGGUGCGGGGAUAGAGGAGUCUGUCACAAUUGGGCCUGAGCGGUGGCAACAGCAGGCCUGGAUCCGGUCCGGAUGGAGGAUAGAUGCGGAUGGUGUGGAGCCAAUUAUUUCGUUCCCAAUGGCGUUUUAUAGGUACAGGAGACGAAGAGCUUUCGCCUCCCCUUGCCACCUGAAUGCUGCUUGGUAGAGGAGUGAUGGGUUAAUUCUUUAUAAUAUCACCGGGUUUUAUUUAUUUGGUCAUGUUAGGUAAUGUGGGGAGGGGGCGAGUCCUAAGUGCAGGUGGCAUUUCUUUUAGCUUUCUGGCUCUCCCCCGCCUCCCAUGAUAGAAUUUACCGUCUCAUUUAUGCCUGGGAUUUAUUCCAAAGAGAGCUUGUUAAUUGAAUUACCAACCAAAGGGUAGCCCUGGGAACAGGCCCCAGGAUGCAGUCAUGUUCGGAAAGGGAUUCUCUUCCCUUCCAGUCCACGAUUGAAUGUGCUUCAAUAGUGGGCCGACCUGCCUAGAAAGCGAAGGUGAGGUGGGAACUGCCUUUUGUCUGAAUGGCACAGGUAUAUCUCUGAUCUGCCAGAAACCAGACCCAGGGAUGGCUAGAGGAAUUGUACAGCUGCUGUCAACAAGGUUUACAUAAGGCUUACGGUCCAAGGCCAGUUGCCUGUUUCAGAGCACAUGUGCCGUAUGGGCAUGACUUAGAUUAGGAAACUGGGUUUGGAUUCUUAUUCCUACUGCAUUUCUGGGUGUGUGCGAUUUCUUUAUUUUUUUUAAAAAAGCAAUAACCAACUGUCACAUAAGUUAGACUGACUUGUAACCCAAGCCUAUGUCUUUGUACUCAGAAAUCACGGUGUCUAGUGAGACCUUUGUUCAGCUGUGUGCUUGUCAGAUUGCAGCUCCAUAUCGUGUUUCUUUGCACACUCAGGCUGCAGUUCUAGCUGUGUCUCCUCAGAAGUAAGACCUACUGAAUUCAUUAGUACUUCAGGCAAGUGAGGUUAGCAUUGCAGCCUUAGUCCUAUUGAACUUGGUGGGAUUUGCUUCUGAGUUGGCAAAUAUAGGAUCACUGUAAAUAAAUAUAGGAUCGUUGUAAAUAAAAAAUGUGGCUGUGUAUACACAUGCACAUCUUUUCAGUUCAUGCUUACAGUGAAGUAGGUUUCUAUCUAUCAUGGAAUUGGGAUUGGAGUUAAUUCCAUUCCUGUGUGUUAAUUCUAAUCUUGUAUAUGUGGUGUUGGUAAACUUUAUGGCUGAGUACAUUCACCACAGACCCUGCUAAUUUUGCUCUGCACAUGGCAACCAUUCCAUCUUGUAAUAACCUAGUCUCUUCUGGAUUGUCAGUAUUUACAUCCCCCUCCCUGACUCCCAUCCUUUGGAGCCUGCCUACCUGGGGAGGGGGGGGUUAGCUCCAUAUAAGAAACAGCCAGACACUGGGUGAGGCCUCCUAAGCAUAGACAGAGAGUGAGUGAUCUUGGCACAGAGAUUCCUUAACCUACUGCCGUCCCUCAAGGCCUGUUAGCUGCCGUGCCUUAUCUUGGCCCCUAAGGCCACCAUAUUAUCCUAAUCAGAGAAGAGAACUUUGUUCUUGAUCCUUCCUUCCUUGUGAACUGUGAAAGGAAGUUUAUGUGAACAGAAGUUUAUGUGAACAGAAUAGCAGAUUGAGUCAAACGUAUUUGUAAUUAUAUUACAAAUAAUUAACGAAACCACAAGAUGUGAGUUGCCCUGCCAACAAUAAUAGUAGUGUGGAAUAAUCAGAACUUUCAUAAUAAUCAAAUUAACGUAUUAUAAAAUGGCUUGUGAUGGGCAACAAAACACAUUUCAUAGCGAUUGGAAGUCCAGAGGGGGUAUAAACUGGGGGUAACUAUAUCCCCCCUCAAAGUUUCUGUAUUCCCCAAAUUUAUGGAAACAAAUAUGAAAACAACUUGAAAGAUAGGGGGGGAUACCUGGUCUGCCCUGGUUUUUCUACCCUCCCAGGCCUUCCAUUUGUAACUGUUCAUUGUUUAAUUUUCGGCUGAUUAAUAUCAGGAUGAUACGUGCUUAUACACUUUUAUAUUAUUAUAAAUAUUCCUUUAUCUAACAGAAACAGAAACAAAUCAAUAACUCCCAUCCCACAAACACAUUUUAAAAGCCAUAGAAUGUUAAUCAGCUGAAUGCCUGGUUGAAGAGAAACGUCUUUGCCUGGUGCCUAAAGAUGCCAGGCGAUUAAGGUGCCAGGCGAGCCUCCCUGGGGAGAGCAUUUCACAAAUGGGAAGCCACUGCAGAAAAGGCCCGUUCUAGUGCUGCCAUGCUCCACAAAAGGCAAAGGUGCAUGCAGCUGCCUCUGCAAGGCUUUGCAAAGUUAGCUAAGGUUCCUCCCCCCCCCCUUUUGCCCAAUCCCAAGCAAGUCGAUUUGGAAGUCAAUUGAGUUCAGUGGGAUUUACUCCCAGGUAAAGCCGGGGAGGAGCCAGGCUGCCCACAGAGAAGAGACCUGCAAAACGGGUUUGAGGUUGCAAAUAAACGUUUGUUUGUUAGGCUUUUAUUUCUUUUUUUAAAUGAUAUUUAUUAAAGUUUCAAAGAAUACAAGAAUUACACAAAACAAAAAUUAAAAAUGCAAGAAAAUCCAAGAUACAGAAAAAAGAAUAAAAUUUUUAAGAUAUAACAAAGAAAUGAAAGAUAAAAAGAAACAUACAAAAUAAAAACAGUUAAAAACACGUUAAUUUUCCAUAGCAUAUCUUCCUUACCCUUAUUUCCCCGGACCUCCUCGUACCUCCCUCUUUUGUAUUCCAGUUAAGUUUGUUAGUUCAGCAAAUCCUUACCAUUAAGCUUUUACCCAUUUAUAAACCUUUUUUCGUAUCUCUUAAAGCAUUACAGCUGGAAACCACUUAGUUUCUAUCCAACAUCCUUCUAAGAUUCCUUAAUUUUACAAUAUUUCUGUAAAUAGUCUUUAAAUUUCUUCCAGUCUUCUUUCACCGACUCUUCUCCCUGGUCUCGGAUUCUGUUUGUUAGGCUUCUAUGUGCAGGAAAAAGGAUGAGGUGGUGCUUAUUUAGGAGUUGUUCCACAACCACCCUGCUAAGCCCAUGUAAAUAUAACUGCUGCACUCUGUCCUGGCUGUUUGAUUCCCAGGGAAACAAACCAAAUCAGCUUCCUCAUCCAUAAUCACAUCCUGGUUGAGGGAGGUCUUGCUCAGAGCCUAUGUGGCAUUCAGCAACAGCAGAUGAAGACCCAAGGGCUGGCUGAUAGGACAAUCCUCAGCAACUCCUCAGGUUGGUGGAGGGGCUGUCACACAGCCCAGUCACUAGCUGCCGAUACUUCUUGAUGAGCAUGGGUGGGAGGUUGGAAGGACUCUUUGAACAAGCUUCCUUAAUUUACCCAGUUCCAGAGCCUAUUUCUGCAAAAGAAAGGGAAGUUCGAACUCCGCAUUUCCUCUCAUUAUUCUUUUCAUAUAGCCAAAGAGCUCUUUUGUACUUUGCAAUAGUGAACCCUUGGUUAUUUUUGCAGCUAUGAGGCAUGCUCUUCCCAUUUCUAUACUGCAGUUAUCUGUUCUUGUUAUUCUCCUAACUGGAUCUCAGUGUUUUAUUCUCUUCCUCCCACCUCUGAUACUUAAAUCAGCUGGGACCCCAAACUUGGUAAUGGGUUACUUUCAUUUGUAUGUGUUCUUUUUAAUUUUAGUGGAUCCUGAACUUUGGAGGACGUUGCUGCCAUUUAUUUGGAGUUGGUGGUUGACCUCCAUUCUUCAGCUGCAUUGCUGACCUGUACAGUCAUAGAAUCACAGAAUGAUAGAGUUGGAAGGGACCCCAAGGGCCAUCUAGUCCAACCCCCUGCAAUGCAGGAAUCUCAGCUAAAGCAUCCAUGACAGUAGGCCACCCAACCUCUGCUUGAAAACCUCCAAGGAAGGAGAGUCCACCACCUUCCAAGGACACAUGGCUCCCCCUCCGAAAUCUUGGGAACUGUAGCUUGUUAAGGUUUCAGGAUUCUUUAGGGAAAGUCAUGUGUUUUAAAUGUGUGUUAAUGUAUAGUGUGGAUGAAGCAAACAAAAAUCACAUCCACACCAAGAAGAAGAAGAAGAAGAGUUUGGAUUUGAUAUCCCGCCUUUCACUCCCCUUCAGGAGUCUCAAAGCGGCUAACAUUCUCCUUUCCCUUCCUCCCCCCACAACAAACACUCUGUGAGGUGAGUGGGGCUGAGAGACUUCAAAGAAGUGUGACUGGCCCAAGGUCACCCAGCAGCUGCAUGUGGAGGAGCGGAGACGCGAACCCGGUUCCCCAGAUUACGUGACUACCGCUCUUAACCACUACACCACACUGGCUCUCCAAACCAAACAUGUUAAGCAAUCUUAACAGUCAUGAAUCCUGGGAACUGUAGUUUAAAGUUGCUGAUUUCUCAGAGCUACACUUCUCAGCACCCUUAACAAAUGACAAUUUCCAGGAUUCUCCAUGACUAAGUGGUAAGAGUGCUUAAAUGUAUGCAUACCCUCCAACAUUCUUCAGAUGAAAAUAGGGACAUUUCUCACUCCUCUCAACUGACCCUCCUUGAACCCCCCAUUUUUGUACCCCCCCUUGCAGAGCAUUUCCCAUCAGAAGAUGGGCGGGAACCCCCACCUCCCUAAUGGGACAUAGCACACAUGCCCUCCCCCAUCCUGAGAAAACCCCUUUAUUUUAUUUUUAUUUUAUUACUUGGUAGAUUUACAAAAAGAAAUACUCACCCAGAAAUUUAUUUAUUUUUAGAAAGGGGCAAGAUUAGAUGUAGUUGCACCAAGUUUUGUUUUUUAAAUCAAGAUCCAUUCUGUUCCCUCUUUCUUCCUGUUCUUUCUGAAGGCUUGCUAAAUGCAGACUCCAUGCAUGAUUUCAACACCAGUCAUUUUGCUUCCCCCUUUCUGUCUACUGAAUACUGUAAUAGUUCUGGAGAAGGCAAAAGCUUGCCCACUGUUUUCUUUCUAACAUCUUUAACAUUGCUUGAGAAAGGUAUUUUCUAAUGUAGAUUUUGAAUGAAGAAAGGAAGUUAAGAUCGUUUUUUUAAGACUAUGGUGGCAACUUAAGCCACAUGUAUGAAUUGGCUCUUAGACCUGGAACAUGGUUCCAAGUUGUGCCCAGGAAACUCAAGAAACAAUUGGAGAUUAAAUGGCUUUUGAGCAUGUGCAGAGUGCCUUUCUCUCUUCCUUGAGCACAUCCUGGGUUCCAUGGGUCAGUGUCAGGGCCUGUUGCAUUUCUGGAAGGGGUGAGGAGAGGAGGAGUCUGAGGUCCACCACUGUGUGCAUGUGCCUGUUCAUUUAUCUGUUAACCAGACCCAGCCUGGUUACCUGUACAAAGUUUAGGGGAGAUGUGUUUGGUGAAUCAGGUCACAUGCUACCCUAGAACAAACCAGAGAUGAUUGAAUUAGCACCAGCACCUUCUGUUUCAGAGAUGGAGAACCUGAGACUCUUUGGAUGUUGUUGGACUACAACUUCCAUCAUCUCUGACUCUGACCUUUGUCCAUGCUGGGCAAAGGGGCAAGAUUAGAUGUAGAUGCACAAAGUUGUUGUUUUUUUUAAAUCAAGACUCCUUGCGCUCUGUUCUGCUCCCCCUUCCUUCCUUCCCAGGGAGGCCCUUGCCCUCUGCCUGCCCCUCAGAGCCAGCACUUUACACAGGGCUGGGCCUUGGCAGUGGCAGCCUCUUCUCAUCUGCUCUCUAGCAGCUGCUAUGAGCUGCCCAAGGAAGUGGGGCGGCAGCAGCAGCGGCCAUGGAGAGGCCACAGGGGCUCCCUUGCCUCCUCGGCUGCUCAGGACAAGUGCCAGAUCUUCCUCUUUUUUUGAGCUCAGCAGCAGCAGCACUCGCAGGGGAAAUAGGGACAUUCUGGGAUUAAAUGAGAAACUGAGAUGGCUUUUGUAAUUCUGGGACUGUCCCUGACAUAUAGGUUUGAUUACAGAAAAUUCAUUGCUGAUAUUUGUGAGUAACAACAACUACAGAACCCCUUUUUGGACUUUUUGUUUGAAAAGGAAUGCAUUUGAGACGUAUGGGUCUGAAGAUUGGGGAAGUAUUGCUUAACAGAGUGAAUGUUUUGAAUAGUUUUUUUGGGGCAACUGACAAACAAAAAUUCGAAAGUCCUGUUUUAUUUUUAUUUUCCCUUUGUUUCUUUUCUCAUAUAUAUGUCCCUCCUUUUUAUCUUAUUUCUUCUCUUUUCUUUUGUUUUCCUUUGGUGUCCUCUGCUUUGGGCCAUUACUGGGUUCCAGGAUUACACACACAUGAAGGUGGUGGAUGGAUGGAGGGACCCUGAGUGAGAAAUUGGAAGAAGAAACGAAAGCUCCCAGGUGAGAGCUGGGAGGGUUCACCACUUUCUGUGUGAGACAAGGACUCUGAAUUUUCUUUCUUCUUUCUUCAGACAAUCUUAACCGCUAUAUCUCAAAGUGUUACACGCAACCUCAAACUUCCAUCAUUUAUAAAUAACUUUCACCUUUCUGAUGUCAACAACAGACUAGAAAAUAUUUUUGUUCAUUAAACAGGAAGCUGCCUUAAAUAUCUCAAGUUUAGGACGGUUGAGACUGACUAAUCGAAGUGCUCCAGGGUUUCAGAGAGGGGAGCGUUCCAGCCCUGCCUGGAGAUACCAGGGAUGGAACCUAAGGCCUUUGCAUGCAAAGCAGAUGCGCGGCCCCAUAGCUGUUGCUCUUCCGCAAACAUUAAUACCUUGCUCAGUCCCUGAAAGGGCAGCCAGCUCCAGAGCUCCACAGAUUUCAACCGAGUUUUAAUUGAUUUUAACUUGUUUAAAACCAAGCAUUUUAUUAACUGUUUUAUUAACUGUUCUUUUAACCUGGAAGCUGGAGAGCAGAAGAAUGUGAACUGUGAGAUAAGCAAUAAUUAACAAACUUUGAGCUUAUCUGUUCUGUCAGGAUCCCGUUUAUCAAGUGGAAGGGUGCAAAGUGACUGAACUUGACACAGUAAUUGUUGAGAUUUUAACUUAGCUUUGAACCUAAAAAGGCACCCAGAGGCAAGAAAAGAAUCCGGACCAGUCCCAGUAAUGAUACUGGGGCUCAUAAAUCCAGUAAAGCAGAGAAACUGAUGAGAAUACCUUGCUCAUACCCAAGCUGGGCUCCCCUAGCCCUAUUCGUAAGACAAAUUCAUGUGUGGAGCCAAGCCAAGUAGCCAUGCCCUUAAUACAAUGCAUGUCUGUCCUCUGGUGAAAGUCUGUAAGGUGUGUGUCUUUUGGCGUGCAUCACUGUGCCUGAGGACACCAGGUGGUGCAGCCUGGGACAUGCAUGACAAGUUGGGGCAUGGGAUAGCAGCUCCUUGCAGAUGUUCUUGUUAUUAUCUCUGCUCUUUCUACCCAAGGGAACUUAGGUUGGUAUUGUGUAACUUUUGAACUGGGCUCCUGUGAUCUUCCACCCAGGGGACAGAUCUGAACUCAACUGCACCCGCUUAGCUUCAGCAAUGCUGCUGUGGAUUCUCCCAGAUCAGUUAGGCUUUUAAAGCCCUGCAAGGCUUUGAGUCUGAGGGUGCUGUGGGCGUGUAUGUGUGCCAUCAUGUAUAUGCAAGGUAACCUUGAGCAUAAAGACUGGCACCUUUCCCCCCCCCCGGCAGAGUUUAUGUACCUUUAACCGAUGUAUGACAGGCAGAAAUCCAGCAGGUCAGAAGAACCAACAUUUUGAGUGUUAUCCCUUGGAAGCCUAUGGGAUUUAAAUUCCCACUUUUAAUUGCUUAAAGGGGUUGUUGUGGAUCCCUUUGUGUGCUGUCACUGACUUGAAUUUGUAUAAGAUUUCAGGCUUGGACACAAUUGUAUUUGAACUUGGUGGAGCUUACAUUUUGAACCAUGUACAGUUUGAACCAUGUGUGCAAGCAUAUGGAUGGAGUCAGAGGGUGUGUAUGUGUGGUUCUUAGUGCACGUAGGAAGAAGGAGGGGGUUAUUAGUGAUUAUAUGAAAGAAUGGGUGCAGACGACUAGUACCUGCUGAAACAAACAUGGAAGAGAAGUGAAAGGAGACUUUUUCAAAAAAGAACAGGCUGAUACCCCACCCUCACCCACCGUGGCCCCCUCCACCUCUUUUCCCCUUCUCCCCCAAUGUAACACUAAUGUCUCAACAAUUGAAACCGACUGUGGCGAUCACACAGGGUCCCCGGACGUUUGAUGGUCUGUUGAUCCCUGUGCCACCACUGUGAUUGCCUCUUGGCUGCCACCAACCCGUUUCUCUUGGGUACACACGGAGUCCAUAUAGUUGUUAAUCACGUUUAUUUUUAUAGGCACGAACAACUAACAACUUCAAACUGAUUAUCCCAACUAUCUAUCUGACUCCACCUAACAGUUCCUCUCACUCUCUCACCACACAACUCGACCAACCCACAGACUCAACCUCCCUCUUCUUUCUCCAACUCCCAACUCUCAACUGACUUUCAAACAACACCAGUUCUUUCUCUAACUCCACCUCCUCCCCUCGGGUUCUCACUGGCCAAUCACAUCACACUCAUUUAACCCUUUCCUUAUGACCCACCUAGGAGGCAAACGCCACACCGACCUGUAGAAAAUGUUCCUUGGAAAAAGAGACAUUGCACAUACUUUGUAAACAAGACAUCUUUAAUAAAAAAUGCAUUUUUUAAAAAAGAACAGGCUGCCUUGAGAAUUGAGCAGUGCCUGCUAAUAAUUCAGGCACGGCCAGCAAAUGGACUGCAAGUCCUAAUGUAAUUGUUUUUAUGGAACUAAGCAGGUCUGAGCUUGCUACUACCCCAGUGGGAGGAAGCCUGGGCAUCCCAUAGGUGCUGCUUUGAGCAGGAAGAGAGCAAUACACAAUUUUAACAAAUACAAUUUCUGCCUUUAAAUGGAGAUGAAAUGAACUAGGCAUCCAGUUUUUUCUACUUUGUAAGUUCAUUAGUAACAAUGACGGGGUUCAGUACUGGAUUGCAGGAAGGGGCCGUGCCCCAGGGGCUGGCAACCCAUACUACGCCACUGAUCCUCCGGAUUUCUCAUGGCCCUUGAGGCCUUGAAGGGCCUCAGGGGAUGAUCAUAGCGUCCAGGUAGGUUCAUAUGGGGAGAGGCAGACCUUGAGCUAUUGCAGUCCUGAGACACUUAAGACUUUGAACUGGACCCAGAAACUAAUUGGCAGCUAGUGCAGUUUAACCAGGAUUGGUGUAAUAUGCUCAAACUGCCUUGCUCCAAUGAGCAACCUGGUCACCAAAUUCUGCACCAGCUGAAGUUUCUGAAUAGUGUUCAAUGUUGCAGUGGAUUCUUCCAGAUCAGGGGUGUCUAAUGUGAUGGCUUCCAGAUGUUUCUGGACUACAGCUUUCAGCAUUGUUGUGCAUCGUUUUUGUGACUGAACCAGUGCAGAUUUUCAUCCCAGGUAUUUUAAAUGUUUUAUUAACUAAAAAUGUAACAACAAUUUGGUUAUUUGACGAGUACUGGAGCUCAAGGUUAGCAAUUUUUAUAUUCAAAAGGUUUCUGUGUUUUGACUUCUAAUAUAAUGGAACUUAAUGAAAUCUGUCUCAGAAAGGACAAAGCAAUAAUCAGUUUGCCAAGAUGUCACUGCUGUAUUGCAAUGUCACAAAGUGUCAUAGUGUGUGAGAUGUUCAAAGGAGUCGAGUCUGAUGCCUUGGCCAUUCUGGGAACAGUGGGGGGUGACCAAAAUUGAGCCAUAUUUUGACUUUAUUGCUAAAUUAAGCAUCACUUAAUUGUAGUUUCUCAGUAUACACAGUAAUUUCCCCAUUAUUACUAUUUUUGUGUGCAAAGUAACUUCUACAAUCUGUAGCAAUCUGUUCUCUUUCUGCUUCUUGAGAGCAAAGUAUGUACAUCUACACAUGCAUGCACACCCCACAUAGAUAACGAAUCUCGAUAGAUAUCGUAUUAAAUCCUGAAAGAACCUCAAAUCACCAUAUUCUACUCUUGCAGAUUUGUGAUGAAUUAUUGUGGAGACAGUUGAUGGCUUUCUGUAUGCAUUGGCCUUAAAUUAUUAUUGUUACUUUUUUAUUCAUAAUUGUGUUUUAUUUUUAUUUUUUUGUAAACUGCUGAGAGGUUUUGUACAAUCAAGCUGUUAAGUUGUUGCUGUUUGUUCCGAUUCAGGGCUGAAGAUCAGGUUUCCCCGGGGGGAGGGGAAGCAGCGGAGCAAAUGGCGAUGUGGAUGAGCCCCCAGACUCCCAUGUGAGCCCAGGACACAGAGGCAAAGGGUUUGUUUAUGCCUUACUUCCCAUAGUAAAUGGCAGCAGGGUUGGGCUUUAGAGCCUUCUCCCUACCCAGCUCAGUCGGAGAUGAGGGCUCUUAGAAAUCAUCCAGGAAAUGAUAUUAGGGAAGGUGGUCUUGGCAUUGGAGGAGAGGGUAAGAAGAUAUAGCCUUGGCAUGGGAAGCACCUGGGAGCCAGAUUGAACCUCUGAGGUUCCCAAUUCUCUAUCCCUAGGAUGGGAUAACUAACAUGACUCAAAUGUUUGGCUUCACCCAGAGAUUUCUGAUGGAAGGGCUGAGGCUAGAAUGAUUUCACCUGGAGGAAGUUUAUUCAAGCAUGUAGUUUAUGAGUUGCAUCACUUUCCAGGAAGGACUUUCCCUCAGUCCCACUCCUCUCCAUGAGUUGUCAGUUUCCUUGUUCUCAAGAUCCUAGAGUCAAUUUAUUUUUCUUUUACAGGUAUGUCACAAUAUCAUUAUCUGCUCAGGCAAUCGCUAGUGUGAUUUCCUUAUCCUGGCUGUAGGUAUAAUAGUUAUGAGGAAGCAAUAAAUGAUGUAGCUGCUGCUUCUCCACUGGGUCCCCUUGCUCAACUUCCUCAAGGACAUCUUCUUGCAGCAGGUGGAGGGGAAGAGGGAAGGCAAAGGGGCUAGUGAAGGAACAGAAUGGGGAGUGCGACAGAAUCUUCUCCCAUUGCCUCAGAGCUUAUGGCUAUAGAUAGGAUCUCUGGUGGGUGAGGUGGUAAUCCUACAGCUGCUCCCCCCCACGUUCAACGGUGUGUGUUCUGCAACAUGUUCUAGUGCUUAUGCUUGGCUUGUUCUGUGAUGCUUCCCCAAUGCUACCACAUUACUGCUGGCUGGAGAAGCUGUAGUGCAACCAAAACAGAACAAGAAUAAACAAGGAACAUUUGUGUUAGAAAAAGUGACAGGAUAUGCACUCAUUGAGCAUGUGAAAUAAUACACCUGCCCUCAGGGGUGGGCUAUGGUAAUUUUUCGUAAUAUGGCACCCUGUGCGAGCCCAAAAUUUUAUGCCCCCAAAUGCAUCUUCUCAGUUUUGUGCCCCCCUUGGCUUGGCACCCUGUGCCUGCACCACCUUAAAUCUGGUGCUGCUGCUGCCCCAAAUUGUCAUUUGUAGGUGCAAAUAGCUUUGGAAGUGGGAUCACGUGUGACGACCACGAUGGCCUCACAAGCACAGAUCACCAUGAAUGUGCAGUAAAAAGGAUGAGGUGGGGCUUAUUUAGGAGUUGUUCCACAAUCACCCUGCCAAGCCCAUGUAAAUAUAACUGCCGCACUCUGUCCUGGCUGUUUGAUUGACUGUUCAUUUACAAGACCCCUGGUAACUCACUUACAUUCUUGUUCUAGGAAGUGGUAUGGGGAUGGGGAGGCUGAGAGAAGACCCAAAACUAUGAUGUUUGAGUUUUGAUUGGAAUUUUUGGAAAAGAGAGGGAAAACAAAACUCCAAAACAAAAAGUAAGCAGGGUUACAGUAGGAAUUUGCAGCAGCUGACCAAAGUGAACACUAUUCACCAGACAUGUAUGGUGACCUGUUAGGGACUUGGGGUCAAACCAUUACCUUCCUGCAGGGCAAAUAGGAGCUACAUGGGGAGGGCAAUUCAGAGUGGGGAAAUGAUGGCAGGUGAAAGGGUUAAAGUGUCCUGAUCCAGCCCCCUCCCCCUCCCCCUCCCCCCUCCAGUGGCAUGUAGCUUUGGGGAGGGGGACAAGGGGGGGUCGUAUUUAUCCUAAAAUCAUGGUGUCAAUAAUGUAUUGUAUUUUUUCUUUUAUCUUUUUGUCAACUGCUUUGAGGGAUUCUUGUAUAAUCAUAUUUUGGUGGCAUGUGGUUAACCUGAUUUUGCCACUGACUGAAACGCCUUAAACCUUUUGGGGGAGAGAGAAGCAUCUGGUGGGCAAAAAAUAUCUGCCUGGAGACCGUGUUCUGCUCUGUGGGUCAGAUGUUGAGCAGGCCUGGGUCAGAGCAAUGAUUGGAGCUCAGCUAGAGGCUAAAUGAGGCUGUUUGGAGACCAUCAUAUCCUAAUAGCAGGGAAGUGAUUGAGAUUGGCUUUGUUGCAUGUCUGGUUUAGAUCCCAAACUGGGAUUCUGUGAGUGCAUAACAACAAUUAUUUAAUGCUUUAGACGUUCCCUAGCUCCUUUAAAUACGCACAUCUUCUUUCUAGCUGUGUUUGCUAUUAAAUCAUAUGUGAGACUAAUGGGCUUCUGACUAGCUGUCCAUUUCACAAUAUUGCUGGUGAUGAUGUGCUCUUCGUUGCUACGAAUCUGAUUUGCACCCUGUCAAUUUCUGGUUGGCUUAUUCUGAGAGCAGGAGAUCACUGCAGUGAUUUCUGUCUGGAAUGACUUCUGUAAUUUUGCAGUUGCAUGGCCACUGGCUAGGAUUUUCAGGCGAUUUCUUGGUGAGACAAGUAGACCAGAUCUGAAAACAAGGCAACUUGCAGCUUUAACCACUAAUUAACUUUCUAGUGUAAUGUUGCAAUACAAAGGCUGUUAAAUUCAAAUUAGGAAUGAGUUUGCUAUCUUGAGCUUUCAUCAGUUGUACAGUGCAGUCUAUUAACAGAGUGAGGGCGUUAGAAAAAGCAUUACAAAAGUCUAUCACUCAGGAUAACAUUUCAUGCAUCUGUUGAAGUUCAGUAUUGUCUGUGAAAGUUUAUGCUAUGAUGUAUUCAUUGGUCUUUAAGGUGCCACAAGAUUCUGAUGUUUUUUUCUAGGCAGCAAGGUGCCACAAACCUUUUGUGACCUACUUCCAAAGGAAACAGAACUUUUAGUGGGGCAUGUACCUAUGAAACAGCUUGUCACUCAGAAGUGAGGACAGACCUGCAUAGCCAUAUACUUGGGACACCAGAUAGGGGUAGAAUCAUGCGCAGUGAAAGCUAUGAUGUAAUCACAGCCGGAUCUAAUGUUGCUACAAACAUUGGAUCCCACAUCUUCCAGUGGAGUUGGCUGUGUUAGUCCAUUACAAUAAUUAUAACAGCCAUACGGCACCUGGAACAAACUAGCAGACUCAUCCUAGCAUAAACAUUUCUCCCUCCAUCCUGCUCCCACACUCGGACUCACGUGGACAUACUGGGGUGUGCAUGAAAAUGGGACCAAAUGACCAUGAGAUGCAAAAAGUACUGUCUCUGAUAAUUCUGUAUAAAAUUUAUGAUAGGCAAAGCUACCAUUCAGCGGUAGUUUGGUGAUAAUCGCCCCAGUUUUGCUAUUAUUAUCCCAACCUUUAGUGGGACAGGAAACAGUUAUUGUGAUUCAAACCCAACUGAUAGAGCCAAAUGUCUUGAUAACUUUCUAAUUCAGCUAUUUCACCCUAUUUUGGAAAUUUUUAAUGUUUGAUGAUUUAGCAUGUUUUUAAUAUUCUGUUGGGAGCUGCCCAGAGUGGCUGGGGAAACCCAGCCAGAUGGGUGGGUUAUUAUUAUUAUUAUUAUUACAUUGCAGUCUCCUUUCGCAGUGCCUUUGUUGCAGAAAGGCACUUCCCAAGAAAGCAGUAUACUGUCUCAUAAAGCUGAAAUGUUAUCCCACUGGUUUCUGAAUAUUGCAAUUUAUUGCAUCAGAUUUGUGACCGGUUUGUAUGCAUUUCAAUGUUUGUCCUGUACUGAAGGCAAUCGUUGAUGGCAUGUAUCCCUUUGGCAAAUAAGCCGGUGAGUGAACUCCUGAAGAUGUGGUAAUUUUUUUCUGGCAAGCUGUCAUGAGGCCCUACUCCCUGCACGUUCACACAUGAUGUUUGUUCAUACUCCCCUGAACUGUAGUCAUGGCCUUCACCAAGGGUGGGUGAUGACCCAAACAAUAGGAAGAUGCCAGGGUUCUGGAACAAGGUCAGUAUUUUGGACAAGGACCAAUAUGCUGAUUCAGGACUGCUGUUUGCAAUCCUUCCACUGAGGCAGAAAAACCAAAUUGUCUCAGCAGGAUUCUGAGCAACUAACGGGAUUCGGUUAGUCAAGAAGCAAGUCCAUACCCUGUUAACAUCCUGUAAUGGUGUUGUCUGAGUGGUGUCUUAUUGUAGCAAAUGUCUAAUAUAAAUCCUUCAAGUGCACAUCCCCAUCCAACAAGCUGGAACAAAUGUGGCUGAAUCCAGGACUUGGAUAUAGAUGGAAGAUCUUGUGUUAUGCUUUGGAUGGAAGCAAGAAGUGUGCAAACAUGUUUUGCAGUCAGCUGGUUUCUAUUAUAAGCUGGUGCCUAUUUGUCUACUAUGCAGUUUUGCAGUAUCAUCCAUAAAACGAACCUGCAUGUGGACAGGUCUAUGCUUGGGUUGAUGGUGAGGUGAAUAUUUUUUCACUAGUCCUAGUGUACAGUGGUACCUCGGAAGUCGAACAGAAUCCAUUCCGGAAGUCCAUUUGACUUCCAAAACGUUAGAUUUCCAAAGUGCAGCUUUUGAUUGGCUGGGGAAGCUCCUGUAGCCAAUCGGAAGCCUCGUUGGAUGUUCGGCUUCCAAAAGAACGUCCAAAAACCGGAAAAUUGAUUGCCGGUUUUUGAUCAUUUGGGAGCCGGAACGUUUGACUCCCAAGGUGUUCAGGAGUCGAGGUACAACUGUACAGUACUGUACAGUCUCCUGCCCAUGGGUCCAGAUGAUGAAGAUGUCAUCAAUAUAACUUGGGGGAGGUGUUUGUGGGCAGAAGCAGAAGUAAGUGUUGUUCUAAAAUAGCCAUGGAUAUGUUUGCAUACUGUGUUGCCCAUUUACCUGUCUUUUUGAAAUAAUGGUGUUUGAGGACCAAGUGGCAAAACUUGGUAGCUAUAUGUGGUCCAGGAUCCUGGAUAACAUUCCUGAUGGCUGGUACUCUGUUUUUGAGGGGGAAAGUGGUCUGGAACCUCAGUAUCCCUGAUUGCCAAAACAAUAUUCCCCGGGAUAGAGAAAGACUUGUACAGUAGUUGCCCAACAGAGUUGGUGGUUUUCUUUGCGGAAGGAAGAAAGGAAGAGAAAGAAAAAUAUUUGAAGGAAAGGAUGGAUUGAACAAACAGGCUCCUGUUCUAAAUGUAGAAAUGUGGCAUCAAUGUAGCAUUUUCCAAAGCCAAUUGUCUUUUUGCAGGUCCCUCCCACCCUGCUUUUCAACACAAGACUCUUUGUAAUGCUUUGCAAUGCAAAUGUGAAGCUGAAGUUUGGACAGAAUGCUCAUUGCAUGGCAAAUUCUUCUCUGCUCCUCCAACACCGUUCUUGCAAAUGUAGUUGUGUUGACCCACAAGAAGAAAAUCCAAAAUCCACAUUAGGGCAAUACCCUUAUUAGGCCAACCAAGAUACUACAAGUAGCAUGCGAGCUUCUGAGUUCUCCUAUACAGGUAUUAUUCUAGAUGAUAAAAAAACCAAGACUGGUGAGAGGAAACCUGUGUAUUUUGCAAAAGUAAAAAAUGAUACACUUGUGAUUAACAGCUGGAUCUUAUAUUUCUAAAAAUUGGAGUGUCAACCAUUGUAUGCUUCUUUACCUUGAGGGAACCAGGCAGAGGGCCUUCACGGUAGUGGCGCCUUCUCUGUGGAACACCCUCCCACCAGAUGUCAAAGAGAACAACAACUACCAGGCUUUUAGAAGACAUCUGAAGGCAGCCCUGUUUCGGGAAGCUUUUAAUGUUUGAUGUAUUAUAGUAUUUUAAUAUUCUUUUGGAAGCCGCCCAGAGUGGCCGGGGAAGCCCAGCCAGAUGGGCGGGGUAUAAAUAAUAAAUUAUUAUUAUUAUUAUUAUUAUUUUCCCAGAAGCCCUGCAAAGCACCUAAUAGAGCCUCAUUUGAAUAUUGCAACCUCCUUCCACGGUCUUUCUGACUAAAUUCAGACUCCAUGCAUGAUUUCAACACCAGUCAUUUCGCUUCCCCCUUUCUGUCUACUGAAUACUGUAAUAGUUCUGGAGAAGGCAAAAGCUUGCACACUGUUUUCUUUCUAACAUCUUUAACAUUGCUUGAGAAAGGUAUUUUCUAAUGUAGAUUUUGAAUGAAGAAAGGAAGUUAAGAUCAUUUUUUUAAGACUAUGGUGGCAACUUAAGCCACAUGUAUGAAUUGGCUCUUAGACCUGGAACAUGCUUCCAAGUUGUGCCCAGGAAACUCAAGAAACAAUUGGAGAUUAAAUGGCCUUUGAGCAUGUGCAGAGUGCCUUUCUCUCUUCCUUGAGCACAUCCUGGGUUCCAUGGGUCAGUGUCAGGGCCUGUUGCAUUUCUGGAAGGGGUGAGGAGAGGAGGAGUCUGAGGUCCACCACUGUGUGCAUGUGCCUGUUCAUUUAUCUGUUAACCAGACCCAGCCUGGUUACCUGUAAAAAGUUUAGGGGAGAUGUGUUUGGUGAAUCAGGUCACAUGCUACCCUAGAACAAACCAGAGAUGAUUGAACUAGCACCAGCACCUUCUGUUGCAGAGAUGGAGAACCUGAGACUCUUUGGAUGUUGUUGGACUACAACUUCCAUCAUCUCUGACUCUGACCUUUGUCCAUGCUGGCUGGGGCUGAUGGGAGUUUGAGUUCUCAUUCUUGGUCUGUUGCCACAAUUUUCCAAGUUUAAAAUGGACCUACCUAAGGAUUUUUUUCAUGUCCCCUCUAUUUAUUUACUUAAUUUCAAACAUUUACAUCCCACUUCUCGAUUGUAGUUUUCCAAGGCAGGAGGGUUGUAUGUUGCUGGUGUGUGACUUUCUGGUGGAGCUGGGCAGGGUUGUUGGCUUCAAAGGGCUAGAGCUGCUUUGCACAGAGCUGCGGCAGGAUGUGGUAAAAUAAUGACGAGCAUCUCUGCAUUUGAAGAGAUAACUGACUUUGUGAGCAGAGAUCACUGAUAAGAUGAAUGAUGGGAGUUCAGGCAUAGAAUACAACCUUUUGAUAAAUUUCUGAUCAAUUUGGGCUAGAUUUUGCCUAGAAUUUCUUUCUUAAUUACAGGUCUUGAUCUUGGAAGGUGUGAAUCAUGUCAGAGAAAACGGUGCCCGUGAUCAUGCACAGAGUGUGCUUUUCUUCCCCUUUUCAGUAACCACAGUUUGCAUCCACAUACCUGGAAUUGAGGUAAAAUUUUCCAGGAAAGAUUGUGUGACCUUCCCAUUCACAGUUCACCUCCAGCAUCACUUGCUUGAAAUAAAGCAGGGAGGUAGAAGACCUCGCCUUACUAAAGAAGGCCAGUCUAGCUUACACUGUGAUUCAGCCACGCAAAUCUGUGGACCAGCUGAAGUGCCCCAGUAUCUUUCUCUCACUAGGUCUGGUUCAGAUGACACACGAAGCCAAACCAUGCCUUGGGAUGGCUCAGUUGCAGAAUGACCAAGGUGGAGCAAAGUACAAUAGCCACAGUCUCCUUUCUGGAGAGCGUGCUAAGCCAUGGUUAGGCUCACUAUGAUGUGUGAAACCAGGUCACUAUGACAGGAAUCUUUGUGGAAUCCUUGUUUUAUCCCUGUCAAAGGCUGUUUUCUGUAGUGCAGAUAUAUUUCUUGGCUGCUGUAGGUUCUGCAUUCAAAUUAUGUAAUAACCACAUUAUACUUUGUGUGCUAGAACUGUCUUUGAUUCAGUGCUGUGGAUGUUAGUUAAGAAGGAAUAUUUCAUGCACUUAACAGGAUUUUCAAGAAAAGGAAAAAAGUAUGUGCUUUCAGAUGCACCAGCCCCAGAAGUUUAGGCAAAAUCUGAUGAGAAAGCAGGACAAUGCUGCUUCCAGGACAGAAUAAUAAUGUGUGAAAGGUGCCCCACUUCCAAGAAGGGAAAACACCCUUGGGUAAGAUUAUUUUAAGGCAAUGGGAGGUCCUGGGCUCUCCAAUACUGGUAGAUAAUAUGCAUUCUCAUGGCAAGUAGUCAUGGAUAGCUUUAUGAAUUACCGGAUUUUUCGCCCUAUAGGACGCACUGUCCCAUAAGGCGCACCUAGUUUUUUGGGGGGGGGAAUAAAGGGAAAAAAAUUAUUUCCCCCCCCCCCCCCCCCAGGCGCGGGGCUGGGUCGGGGGAAGCUCGGGCUUCCCCCGACUCCAGCCCCCAGAUUAGGCAACUCUCCGCAAGCCGCGGGAGCCCAGGUUUUGGUGGUGAUGAAUGAAGGAAAUUUAGAACUUUAUAUACGACUUUCCAGACUUUAGCUUACAAAGUUUUUGCUUCAAUCUAUUUACAAAAAACGGGAGGCGGACUUCCUGUUUAGAACCUUCCCGUUUCGGUGCCAAAUUAAGAUAUUUCUUAAUACUUAAUCCAAUUUUCCGUCCUACUCACGGGUACUUGUUUAGAGUCUAAAUAUCCACAGGAAAAGGUCAGCGCUCUCCGGCAAUGGCUGUGCGGCUUCACUCCGUAAAAGUAGCGGUUGAUUCAAAACACCGCGCCACUCACCCCACGUCGCUUCGGACCCCCGAAAAAGGGUUUCCCUGCGAGUAGGGGAGGUAGGGGAGGCGCUCCUGGUGUCAGCCGAAUCCCACGUUCCCAGGCUUCCUCCGCCUGGGAUUUUUAAAGGGUCUCCGCCUUCGCCGCGGCGGCAAGACCCGAUUUUCACAGAGCGGGUUCCUCUCUGUCAGAGGAACUCCGCCAUUGCCAAUGGCGCUGUCCCGGAAGUCCGUGAAUUCCCUAGUUUUAACUAUCUGCUGUGUGACGAAGUAUUUCCUUUUGACCUCAGUCUUCUAACAUUCAACUUUAUGGGGGUCUCAGGUCUAGCUUCACAGUCAUGUGGUUUGCCCUUUGCUGAAACUUUUCUGACUCUACAGUAGCACAUAAUGAAUGGUCUUGUGUUGAUUUUAUGUGUCAGCAGUAGGAGGCCCACAGGCAUUCUGAGAACUCUGUUAAAGGGAUCACUGCCAUUUCUCUAGUGCUUGUACUGGUGUUCCUCCAUGUUAAUUUCCUAAAUGUGAGGCACUGUUGGCAGUAUUUCGGGGACAGUUGGCACAGUGCUGCAACUUUGCUUUCUCCCCCAAGGAUGGGAAUUAAUGCCUCUUGCCCUAGGGCUGGGUGACCAGUGGUGUAGGAGACGGGGACUUUUUUUAAGAGCAGAAGUGAUGUCAAUGUGAUGUCUAAUGAAAAAGAGGGUAAAUGAGGGUGCCCCCACACUUCGCUUGUCCCGUGCCUAGAAAAAUCAGAGCAAACCUCAAUCCACAGAAAACUUGACGUUUGCUUCAGUUGAUUGACAUUUGCUCUGAUUAAGUGGUGAAGUUUUCCCCGGAGGGAGAGGCAGGUACAAACAGAAGUGUGGACAAGCCCUGACUGGCGGUCCUUGCUUAUGGAAUUGAGUGAGGCUAAUAAUCAAGCAGAGGCUUUUGUCUUUGAUUGUGUUCCUACCUUACUCUAGCAGUUGAAAUGGUAACACUUCCUUUUUCAAAUUUGCAUUUCUUCUACUUAUUUAGAAAUGUGCCAAAUCAUUUACGAAAGAGGGCCCUUCCUGGACUCAUAAGGAAUUGUUGCUGAAAGAGAUUUGGAACAUAUCCAGAAGAAUUCAGUGUUGCGCGGUUGUUAUCAUUCCAUUAGUGCAAGCAUUUCUGCUUGCCUGACAGAACGACCUCUCCUUUCCUCCCCCAGUGCGCUGUUCUGGAGGUUUUCCAGAGCAGAUCGGGAGAAGGAGAGUGGAAGAAGCUGCCCUGCCCUGGUGUGCUCACAGGAGCCCUUGUGUCGGCUUCGGUUAGUGUACUGGGUUAGUUCAAUCUGGCCCAUAGCUUCCUUCUUGACAGCAGUCAUAUGAGCAAUUGCUGUCAGUUGGAAAUCCCCCAACUUUAGUAGUACAGUAAUGCAAUGGUAUGAUAAUGUUUGGGAGAUAGCUUUUAUGACCAUAAAAGACGAGAAGAAGGUUGCAGUGCACAAGUAAAUUGAUAGAACUAUGGAGUUUAAAAACCAUUGUAAUUCAAAAUAUUAAGAUAUUGCACAACCUUGUGUCUUAUUUUCACUCAUGAUUGCCGUGCAUUAGACUGCAGUUCCCAUUAUCCCUGACAGCUGACCAUGAAGGCAGGGGGCUGAUGGGAGCUAGAGUCCAACAACAUAGGAGGACACAAGGGGGGGGGGGGGUUGACGGCUUAUUUUUUUCCUUCUCUGUCUUAGCUGCUACUUACUUUCUUCUGCCACUAAAUAAGUAUGAUUGCCUAGAAUUGUAGUCAUUAUAUAUGUAAUUUUGUACAAUACGCUACAGCAGUCGCCACUAAGUUCUGUGGGCAACUGGGCACAUAUGGUAUCUUGAGGAAGCAACAGGGGUGUCCUUUACAAAAUGGUUGCAAAAAAUGGUUGCCAUAUGAAAAAGAGACAGGGCCACAAGAUGGUCCGUCAGUGGGGUGGAAUGGCACCUACAUAUCAGCCACUGCCACAUUCACUCUUUGCAGCUCUCCUCUGUUCAGAACAGAUGGGAAGGUAGGCACCCAUUCCUGAGCCAGUGCAAACAGAAACUGAGCAGGAUGAGUAAACAGUUUCUUGUAUAUUGUGGAUUUUAGGAAAUAGCUACUGAGACCUUUCGUGGACACCAUAGGAGAUAUUAGUGAGCACAAUGGCACCAUGUUAGUGACUGCUUGUGUUGCAGUUUUGUAUUUCUAAUAAAGAGCCAAAGAUUGCAUUUCAGCUGGCUUGAUACCUUUUGUUAAAGGUCAAUGUUUUCUACAAGUUGAAUUUAUUCCAUAAUUUAUUACUGUCAGCUGAUUCUAAUCAAAUGGGUUUUAUGCCACAGAUUGCUGUUCUUUAGUGGGGGGGGUGUAUGCAUGUAUAAAUUUACAUAUAUCAGUUGAUACAGCUGCCUGCAUUUUUGGACUUUCUUUGAGGGUGUGGUGAUGGGGAUUGUCCCAAUGAGCCCAUGCAUUUCAAAAUUACCACACUAUUGUAGAAUAUCUCAGAAGUAGGAGAAAACUAAAGUAGCCCCUACACAAAUAAAAGGGGGGGGGGGAGAGAAGAACAGGAACAAGGUGCAAACUUGUUUCAUUUCCAUUGUUUAAUACGGUUUCAACAUCCCGUGGUGCAGGCAAAAACAUGACUGCCUGUAUCCUCACCAUGCAUCUUGCUCAACUGAUGACGUGCCAAAUCAUUACUAAUUACUGUAGCUCUUCCCUAUAUGACUCACGCUGCUUCUAGUAACGACUGUGCAACUGGUGCAAGGAAUGUUUCGAGAAAGCACACAACUCACUUGGAUGAGAGGGUGCAGAACAUUCUGCUUCAGAAAAAGGUAGGGCUGAAGGGGACAAAAGUGUGGGAGGGACCAGAUCUCAGUGGUAGAUUGCUUUCUUUCAUGCAGAUCAGAGCUGGGCCAACUUGGUUCCCUCCUGAUGUUGUUGGCUACAUCCCCCAGCAUCACUGGCUAUGGGCCAUGCUGGCUGGGGCUGAUGGGAGCAGGGAGUCAAACAGCAUCUGUAGGGCACCAUGUGGGCUGCCCCUGACGUAGGAGUUUCUAGUUCAAUCCCUGGCAUAUGCAGGUUUUAAAAAAGAUUGGGUAGCCCUGCUUUGGAAUCUCAACUGCAUCAGCCUCAGGCAGUUUGGCCAGUGGUCAGGGAUGAUGGGAGUUGUAGUCUGGCAGUAUCUGGAGGAGAGCCACACACUCCCCAUCAAGCAGUGUAAUCAUUUCAAGAAAUAAAUAAUAGCAUAGCCUCCAAGUGCCACUUUUUAGCCAUGGCACCCACGGGAAAAAAUAAGCAAAUCUGCUUUGUUCUUCAACAGAGAAAUCCUGGUUUAAGAUGGAGCCAUAGGCAAAAUUGCAGCUGGCUUGCAAUGCCUUUGAGGCUCUCCUAUGCAAGUGAGAAAGUGCUCCUUCCUGUUCAGUUUGCUUUCUACUGUUGCCCGCCCACUCUCCUGCUCACCCAGGCUCUUUCCCCAGGCUCUCCCUCCCUCCCCAAUCCCAUGACCAGAAGGGUGGGAGGGAUCAUUAAACCACUCAGGCGAGGUCUCUUCAGCUUGGCAGAGGAGCAUUGCAGCAAAACAGUUGCCUUACAGCCAACGGGACAGCAGCUGCCUCUGCAUGGCUUUGCAAAAUAAAUAAUAAUAAUAAUAAUAAUAAUUCUUCCAGUAGCACCUUAGAGACCAACUUAAGUGUGCAUGCGCACAAAAGCUCAUAGCAAUAACAAACUUAGUUGGUCUCUAAGGUGCUACCGGAAGAAAUUUUUUGUUUGUUUGUUUGUUUGGACUAUGGCCGACGAACAUGGCUACCUACCUGUGACUAUGGCUUUGCAAAGUUAGCUAGUGUUUUUUCCUCCCCCCCCCCCCCGUCUAGCCCAAACCCAAGCAUGUCUACUUGGAAGUAAGUGCCAUUGAGGUCAGUGUGCAUCUGAAGAAGUGUGCAUGCACACGAAAGCUUAUACCAAGAACAAACUUAGUUGGUCUCUAAGGUAUAUGAAAGAUGGGUGCAGAUGACUAGUACCUGCCGAAACAAACAUGGAAGAGCACCGAAAUGAGACUUUUUCAAAAAGAACAGGCUGCCUUGAGAAUUGAGCAGUGCCUGCUAAUAAUUCAGGCACAGCCAGCAAAUGGACUGCAAGUCCUAAUGUAAUGGUUUCUAUGGAACUAAGCAGGUCUGAGCUUGCUACUACCCCAGUGGGAGGAAGCCUGGGCAACCUAUAGGUGCUGCUUUGAGCAGGAAGAGAGCAAUACCCAGUUUUAACAAACACAAUUUCUGCCUUUAAAUGGAGAUGAAAUGAACUAGGCAUCCAGUUUUUUCACUUUGUAAGUUCAUUAGUAACAAUGACGGGGUUCAAUGCUGGACUGGAGGAAGGGAUUUAGGGAGUGGUAACAGUCCACGGGUUAGGAGGUGCUAUAUUUGCCCUGGGUGCUGGUGACCCAUGCCGUGCCACUGAUCCACAAGGAUAAAUGGCAUCUUCCCUUAAAGGGACCUCAGGCAGCAGGAUACUGUGUAGCAGGAUUAGGAAAUACCUCCUCCAUCUUGGAGAGGUAUAGCUAGUCAGGGCUAGAAAGCACAUUUGUCUGGAGUUAUUGAACAUGUUUAUGUGGACUGAAUGGUUAUUAAGUGUCUGAGUUACCUUCUAAAUAGCAUUUAACAUAUUUAAUAUGGUUUUGCUAAUUCCCCGUUUUUGGCCUUAAAAAGUUCCUUUUGAAAACUUUAAAUGCAGAUAAUAGACAUGCAUCCAGCCCCUGGGCUUUAAAACCAAGCUGGUCAAUGUAAAUAUUUGUCUUUUCUGUACAGUAAUUUCAUAGCAUCCUUUUGUGCAAUGAUCUGAAAGUGAGUUGAUAUUAUUAUUAUUAUUAUUAUUAUUAUUAUUAUUUAUUUGCAUUUGGCCCUUCCUAACAAUGAGCUCAGGGUAGCAUAUAUGGUUCUUCUUCCCCUUCCCUAUUUUAUCAUCACGAUAACCCUUUGAUGUGAGUUAAGCAGAGAGCGUGACUGGCCCAAGGUAACCCAAUAUGCUCCAUGGAUGAGUGGAGAAUUCUGUCUGGGUCUUCCCAACAGGCUAACCCCUGCACCAACUUCAUGCAACUCAAAAGCCCAGAUGCUUCAGUCUCUCUGUCUAAGCAUGGCCAGGGAGCUAGCUCAUUCAAUUUUUUGGUUUGGUUCUGGUUCAAAUAUGACUGGUUUGGUUCCAGUUUAGACUGAUAAGUCUACUUUAUUUAAUAGAUUUAUAUUCAACUUUUUUGACAAGAAAAUGGCUUGCAUUUACAGAAUGCAAAUGUAUGCCAAAUAAGGACAAAAUUUUGGGGUAUGGUACUUAAAGCUUCACUUAAACGUCACUAGGGUCUAGCCUUGCAGGUUCAUAAUCUAUCAGGUUCAAGCAAGAGAUCUCUGCCAGGCAAAUUGGAAGCAAAACAGUGGCUAGAAGAAAGCUGGAUCAUUUGUUAUUGCAACAAGGUUCCAACUCCCAAGCAAAACAUGGGAGAAGCCCAGAACAAAGGGCACAUUCUUUUCUGGUUUCUGUGAGGACUGAUAAUACAAGCUCCAAUACUUUAGAGCGGUGCUUGGUAUACGCGGUAGCACAUCUGAAGGAUUAUGGCGUCCUUGUUCCAUUCAUGCCAUGGGUCGGGUCAACUCCACCCUUGGAACUAAAUAAAACCAUCUAUUUGGCUGCUUUUUUGUGAAUGUUUCAGAAAGUGGGGUUUCCUUGCCUUAUUACGGCACUGGGAACCCAGUAGAGGUUGCCUAAUGGAGGGAAAUGUAUUGAAAUUAACAGUGGUGUGUAUGCAAUGUUGUGCAGCGGAACCAACCCUUCUGUUUUGGAGCUGUGGCUUUGUCAAAUCCCUACAGCGUAACACUCAAGCUCAGGAGGCCAACGCUUCUGAUGUGUUGGUUGGGUAGACCUUCCCCCCCCCCCCCCCAUGUCCAUAACAGUUUGAACUGUGGUAAGGUGGCAUAAAGAUAAGAUUAUGUAUGAAGAUAGGAGUGAGAGAACAAAUUGAAAACAGGGCAAAGAGGUAUGGCCUUAAGGGAAAGUGGAGUUGGGCCUUUAGUGUCAAUCUCAAGCUGCAGCCUAUUAGACCAUGCCUCUCAGACAUUUUUAAAGCUUUCUGGGGGUUAUUGAGUUAUGGAGUUCCAGAGACCCUGAAGUAAUAAUAAAAGAAGAAGUGCAAACAUCUAAACUUCAUUUUAAAAGUGGGCCUGAGGGAAGUUUCUGUUUAAAUGGAUACACCAAGAUGGUGGAUGAGAAUUGUCCCAAUGAGCCCAUGCACUUCAAAAUUUACCAUAUCAUUCUAGAAGAUCUCAGAUGUAGGAGAAAAGUAAAGUAGCUCCCACACUAAGAAAAAGAAAAAAACGCAUGCAAACUUGUUUCGCUUCCGUGGCAUAACCUGGUUUUGGCACUGUGUGGAUUUUCCUUUUCUGCACUUCAAGUGAAACUGGGGCGCUUCCUCCUUCACCUUGCAGCUUGCUAGGCUUCUGACCUGCCCAGCCCCUGUUAGUGCAGGUGACUCUUCCCCAUACGACUGACACUCUCACUGGCAAGAGCUCUGUAAUGGGUGGAGGAAAAGCUUUGAGAAAGGACACAACUCACCGGGCAUCUCCAGUUAAAAAAACAAAACCCUGAAAUAUUAAAACAAUAAAUAAAAAAGUACAAACAUCUAAACUUUAUUUUGAAAAGUGGGUCUCGGGGAACAGUUUCUCUCUAAAUGGAUACACCAAGAACCACAAAGCAGAGAGUUGACGCCUGACUUUCCUCCCCACAGGGCAGUGGGUGGCAUAGAGAGUCCUCUUUGGAAUGCAGGGAGGAGACAAUCCUGCAGGGACAGGCUCAGGUGUCUCUUUUUGGCUGCCUGCCUGCUUUCCCACAGGGCAGUUGCUGGAGGAUUUCCCUUGAAGGGAAGGGGUAGCUUAACUGGAACAGAAACGCCUAUAGAUGUUUUCCACCAUCCAACCCAGCUCACCUUAACACCUAGGCAGUUCCUGAAGCCAGUAGUCCUAGAAGAAUGGUGCAGUUUGUGAUGCAGAGAUACAUCCCACUCAUUUGCUGUUAAGUUGCUCAGUCUUUCUUUUGAAACUUUUGCAACCAAAUUUCAAUUCGCUAGUCUUUUGGGAAAAGCCAUGGCAUUCUGUGCUGCAGGAGACCCUACAAGUCUAAAAUUACAAGUUUUGGAGCUGAUGGAGACGGACAUCUGCCGAGAUGAAACCGCCACUUCAUUUGCUUGUUUCGCUUCUCAUGAUCAUUACCACAAGCACAGAAUGGUGUGUGCCUUCCCCUACCCACAAAUGGUUUAUCUAUGCAGCAACCAUGUGAGCGAGGUUAGGCGAAGAGAAAAAGAGGGCAUUACUCACCCAAAGUCACCCGCGGGAUUGGGGCUUAAGAGUAAGAAUAAACAAAUCUGUCCAUUUUGGCUUCUCAUUUUUCUGAUGAUCAGUUUGCCCCAUCUUCACUUCAGUUUCCUUUUUUAAAAAUGAUACGAAAAUGCACAGGCAUUUCUCCUAAUGUAAUGCAGAAACGUUUUGAACACACUUAAAAAAAAGGUAAAGGAUCCCUGACAGUUAAGUCCAGUCACGAACGACUCUGGGGUUGCGGCACUCAUCUCACUUUACUGGCUGAGGGAGCCGACGUUUGUCCACAGACAGUUUUUCUGGAUCAUGUGGCCAGCAUGACUAAGCCGCUUCUGGCGAACCAGAGCAGCACACGGAAACGCCGUUUACCUUCCCUCCAGAGCGGUACCUAUUUAUCUACUUGCACUUUGACGUGCUUUCAAACUGCUAGGUUGGCAGGAGCUGGGACCGAGCAACGGGAGCUCACCCAUUGAACUGCAGACCUUCUGACUGGCAAGCCUAAGAGGCUCAGUGGUUUAGACCACAGAGCCACCCACGUCCCUUGAACACACUUACUUUCCCGUAAUAUUUCUGUGCUGCCUUUGUUGUUGUUGUUGGAGAACUACAUUGCAAAAUUAAGAAUCCAAAUUUCAAAGGGCAGCUCAGUUUUUGUUGCCAUAAUAAUAAUAAUAAUACCAUUAUUGUCAAUAUACAACCUGUGUACAGUGAAAUUAACCGAGCCUCCCCUCCCCAAACACUCAGUCUCAUUGCACUCUGUGUGCUUGUCGCACAACACAUCAACCCCAAAAGUCAUUUGCACUAUAUUACUGUAUUUUCCGUUCAGCAGCCUAACAGCCCACGGAUAGAAACUGUUUUUUAGCCUGCUGGUAUGACUGAUUAUACUUCUAUUUCUCCUGCCCAAGGGUAGAAGAUUAAAGAGGUUCUGGCCGGGGUGUGAAACAUCCCUGAGAAUUUUUCUCACUCUCUCUCGGGCUCAGGGGACAGCCCAUGAUAUUAUGUGCUGUGUUCACCACCCUCUGUAAAGACUUUCUGUUCGUGGCUGUCAAGCCAACAUACCACACUGUGAUACAAUGUGAGAGGACACGUUCUAUUGUGGACCGGUAGAAGGAGGUCAUCAAUUGUUGUUUAACAUAUUGGUUUGGGAAGAGUGAAUUGGGUAGUUUCCCAUUAAAGUGCAAAUGGAACAAAUUUCUUCCCACUCCCUGGCUGAGAGCUCUUUCCUUGCUCACCCAAUCCAGGCUGCUGCUGCCUUUCUAAGGUUUCUUCUCUCUCCUUGCAUCUUCGCUCCAGGAUGCGUCCAGUCCAGAAGUCCUUGUGUGUGCUGAUGGUGCUGAUGGCAUCCCUGGCUUUUCUCUAUCUUCAUGUCUGGUCACCGAAGCCCUACAGUACAGUGGACCUGCGACACCGGCCAGGCCGAACGCCAGAGCAACUGUUGAGUGACCAUCUGCUGGUGCCUGAGAAGAAAUAUGCACACAUUGCUUUCCGGAUUAAGGAGGAGAUCCUGGAGUAAGCGCCUAUCCCUAUUUAACAAGGACAGUGCCUGUUUUCGGGUACCAGGCCCUCAUGAAGCGCUAUUUCUUUUUUGUUUGGGGGUGGGGGAGGUGUUGUAUAUGUGCUUUUAUAUAGUGUCAGAACAUCUGCAGUAGGAUUCUUAAGGUUACCAUUCAACCCCCUUCCCGGGGGGGGGGGGGGAGUGAAUUGAGAAGAUAAAUAUCUGAAUAUAGGAAUGGAUGCAUUGUGACAUUAAUGUGCAUGCAUGUAAAUACUCAUAUCCCAAAGCAUAGAGCUGACCAUGGCGUGGCUCCAGUGGCCAACUCCUCCUCCUCCUGCCGUGGAGAGGAAGGAGGGUCAGAGCAGUCUCCUGCCAGUAGCAAUGCCAGGAGGAGGGGAAGGAGGAGCCAUUGAAGCUGUGUGGCCACCGGGUUUGGCUCCACCCAUGGCUCCUCCCAACAUUCUGAUGUCACACGUGGGACGUUGCGCAUGUGACAUCCCCACCCCCCUGCCCUUGUAAGCUGGCUCCUUGGACUGGAUUUAAGACUCAGGAGACCACCUGGAAUGCCAUGUGGGGCAAGAAUGUCUGGACUGUAGAUUCAGCUGUCCACACAACAGCUGAAAUGAUGUUACACAUCGUAGGGAGCAGAGCAGGUCAGUGGUGUGGCCUAGGGAGAGAAACCGCUAGCCCCAAAGGUGUUCCAGUCGCUACUACCUUGCUUCCAUUCCUCCUGCCACUGCUUCCCCAGAUACUAAAUGUGUUUCACUUUUACCUCUGCUAUAAUAGGCAACAGCCAGUGGUGCAGUAAUGUAAAUUUAGAUUCUGGAUUUAUAGGUCUUAUUCCGCUCCUGCUUUUAGAUGUUAAUGUAGCCUUGCUGCUUUGGAAGGGGGCAGGAUCCUGCUCAUUCCUCUGUGUGGGGUCCUGAGCUGCUGUCCCACAGUCCUAUCUUGAUGGUACUGAGGGCAACAUCCAUCUCCAUUGGGCUUGGCGGGGGGGCGAGAUUAUUAAAUAUUCUUCCAAGUAAGUAAUGGUGUUGUUGCACGUUUAGUGUAUUCAGCAUUGAGAAAAGGAGAAUACCCCUCAUCAAUGUUUACUGACAUGUACUUGUCCCUUCCCAGGCUCCUUCCAAAGAACUCCUGCAAGUGUGAGGUGGAACCUAGUAUGAACUUCCCACUUCAGAAACAGCUCUUUGGUCACAUCUAUUCUCUGGAAUUCGCAAACGCCUUCAGUCCUUCCGAACUGCCAGAGAUAAACAGCAGGCGAAAACAGGAGUACCGCAGUUACCAGCAAAGGUGAGCUUCACCUGUGGCACGGUGGGUUCCUUGAUCACGCCACACAUGCUUGGUGGGGAGUUCUGUCGCAAAGGAGCAGCUGCCGAAAAGGCCCUGCUACUUGUUGCCAUCCUUCUAUACAGGACCGCAGAUGAUGGUAACAGGGGAAUCUCACAUGGGAGCCGGAAACUAUUGGGCGGUGCAUGGUUUAUAGAAUGGCAGCAGAUUCCUGUUCCAUCAGCAGAGAAUUAAACCAUAAAAGGUACUCCUGACCAGAGAUAUUAUCCAGACUUAGGGAAAGGCUGUGUAUAUUUCCUUGCUUAUCCUGUUAACAAAGCCCAGCUUCCAUUCCAGUGGUUUUUCCUAACCCUGCACUAUUGUAACCAUUUAAUAUCACUUAUACCCUUUAAACCCUUAAUUUACCAACAACUCUGGUAACUCUGGGGUCUAGACAUUGUACAAACCACUCAGAUAUAUUUACUGUAUUUAACAAAGAUAUUACUGUUUGCUGACGUGGUUACUUUAAAAUAGUACUGCCUCAUUAAGUAGAUAACAUGGUUACUGUCACUGUAAAUACCAACAGCUUAUUUCUAGUGACACUCACCAGUUUACACCUUUUGACAUGUGCAGUUAGUCCUCUUUGUUGCUGCCCAUUUUGCACCGUCAGCUACGCAUAAAGUGCUUGAUCUGCAAUUCUCUCUGAAGCUUCUACAGUGUGAUUUGUUGUAUUCUCCUGAUGUUUCCUUAUCUGUAACAUGGCUUGCUUACUCCAUUUCCAUCACAUCAAAUAUGGCCUUGCUUUCUUUCCACCCAGCAGUUUCUCUUCAAGACAACUUAACUAAAUGAUUUUAAUUAUUUCGGUCCCUCCACACCUCCAGUGUGUGGUUGACCUGGCAUGUAGCCUCCAUCGUCUUCCAUGUUUCCUCACAUGGGCACACAGCUCAUGUUAGAUAGACUCCUGCAGAUUCCAUAGCUGCUGCCUUGCUUGAGCAGAAAUGCACCUCAGCAGAAAGCUGGCCUCGUAUUCUGUCACCUCCACUGGUCAGUACCACAGCGGAGUGAAGGGCCGGUUGUUUGGUGCCUCCUCCCAGCUUGAGGGGUGGUACAUCAUGGACGUAGCGGGGGGGGGGGGUGUCAGCUGCCUCCCUAAAUCAAUCUAAAUCAAUACAAAUCCCCUUUUUUGGAGAGAAACCCGCCAAAUAUGCUAGGCAGAGGCAGGUUACUUUAGCAUGCAUGGCUUAGGGUUAGACUGCCACAUUUAUUUUUUUGGGGUGGGAAUCCAUAGCCUCUUUGUUCUGAUCAAUGGAAAUGUCACAAAAUGGUGAGCAAGCUUUUGAGACCACCAGAACUCUUACAAGGCUGGAUGUUUAGAAAAACAGAAGGUGGUGAGGAAAAAGCUGACUUUGCAUUGAUGCCAUAAAGUCUGCAAUGCAAGCAUUUAUUUUUCUAGUAUAAUCCUAGAAGGUAUGUGGCUAUGGGGGUUGUCCCAAAGAGAACCUGCACUUCAGAAUUUAACUCAUCAGCCACGUAAAGUAAACCCCCUGAAUUUGGCAGGACAAAUUUUUGAGUAAACACAGGAUUGUAAUCUGUGGUUGCAGUCCUAAGCACAUUUCCGAAGGCUCACUCUGGGCAGCUGCAAUCCUAAGCAAUCUCAUGUGGAAGACUUCAUAGAAUCAUAGAGCUGGAAGAGACCACCAGGGCCAUCGAGUCCAACCCCCUGCCAAGCAGGAAACUUGUGAACUCAGUGGGAUUUACUUCUGUGGGAAUUAGCCACCAACUAGCUACUGAGAGUCAAAGCAGCAAAUGAAGGUGAAGGAACAACUUCCUGUGUCUUCCUUUGACACAGAAUGGAGAUGUUUGUCAGGCACAGCUUUGAGGGAGUGUGUGCUUACUGGACUUCUCUUCCACAUAGUUCUUAAAAUUAAGUAGUCAGCUGGUGAUCUGUUUUAAUUUUUGUUUGAUUUCUACUGCAUUAAAAUCACUGUAAUCCACUUUGAUUUUUAAAAUGAAAUUGUGGGCUACAAAUAUUUAUAUCAAUGGAUAAAGAUGUAGGAGCACCUUGUCAAAGCCAGAGGCUGGCAUCCCUAAACCUUCUUCCUUUCCAUUCUCCAAGGUCCCAUUCUCCAUCUGACCAGCUCCUCAUUGUCCGAGCCAACUCACCUCUAGAGUAUCCAGUUCAAGGGGUGGAAGUUCGGCCCCUCCGGACCAUCCUCAUCCCAGGCAAGUCUCUUCCCCUCCACUUGUGUCUCGAAGGAAACAACUAUGGGGGUGGCAGGUCUGGGGAACAGGGGACCGUGCUGUUGUGGAAGGUGGUGGGCUUGGCACGGAGACUUCUUAUUGUGGAACAGGGAAAGGUGAAAAUUCAUUAACCUCCUUGUGCAUUUUUAUUCCUCAGGUCUGAGUCUACAAGCAGCUGAAAGAGCUCUGUACCAGGUAAGGUAUUUGGGACACAGAGAUCUGAUUGCAGGGAUUAGGUGACGGUUUCUCAGCCUGAUUAGUUUCUAACAUCCCUGUAUCCUUGCAAAAAGGAAGGCUGGUUGUACCACUUAAGUUGCACAUGGAGUUGCAUGUUUGAAUUUUCCGCUGAGGCAGCAGGUGAAGUUGCAUGUUUGAAUGCAUUCAAGCACAUAUUAUCCCACCUAUAGCCUGAAAUGGUGCAGGCCGGAAAAAUGGUUACUGCUUGAUUCUGCUAAAUGUAUAAACUGGUCCUGUUUCUUUGACAAAUGGCUAGUGUGCGUUAUCUCUUUGGGUGUUCUUAGAUAAUCUGAGGCCAUGAAGCCACCGGGGGAUCUUGUGUCUCUCUGUGUGUGAUGAUUCCUUGUCUUAUAUAUUACGGUGGUACAUUGGUUUGCAGCCGCUUUGGAUUACAACCACGUCAAACCCGGAAGUGCGUGCCCCUUUUUUUGGAUUACAAACAACUGGGGUGGGCCAUUGGCAAAAGCGCGCCUUGGGUUACAACCUGUUUUGGUUUACAACCAGUCCUCCGGAACACAUUAUGGUACCACUGUAUGCAGUUGCAGUUAUGAGCUGGUUGUUUGGAGCAUGUGACUCCUCUCUUCAACCGGUUUGGGGGGCUUCCGGUGGGUUUCUGGGAUUCAAUUCUAAGUGUUGAUUAUCACUUUAAUACAGGUGAGGAACCUGUUUCAGCCCAAGGGCCACACUCCCUUCUGCACAAACGUCUGGAGGCCCCGUGCCAAUGGUGGGCAGGGCCAGAGUGGCUGGGGCAGCCCAGUCAGAUGGGCAAGGCACAAAUAUUAUUAUUUUAUUAUAUUAUUAUUUAUUAAAAGUGGGUGGAGCAUUGCAUGUGAAUUUUAUCUUUAUACAGUAGGCUAGUUUAUACACAAACCCCUUUACUCUUCACCCAGGAAAGCAAUAAACAUUAUCAGAGAACAAGGACUCAUUCCAGCCAGGCAAAAAGAUUUGCGGAGGGUGCAGAGUGGGGCUGGUGAAGGGGGUGUCACUUGGGAGGGUGUGAGCAGCACUGCACUAGAUGUGGCAGCUUCUUCCCAGGCACAGGUCCAUGCUUUAAAGCUUCAUGUCUGAGCACGUGCCCCCCCCCCACGCCCCCCAGAGCAUUCCCUGUGGAAAAACCUCCAACAUCCCGCUAGUCAAAAUCAGGACACUCGUUUUUGGGUCCACUCUCACGGGAGCCAGUUGGAUCGCACCAGAGCACCAGACCAAAAAAGCACAGGACAUUCUGGGAUCCAAUCAGAAGGCUUCUGUAAUUUUGGGAUGUCCCGCUGAAAUCAGCAUGGUUGAGCAGUAUGCAUUUUCAAUCUGCGGGAAACCUGAACUGACGUUUGCUCCAAAUGUGUGCUAAAGAGUAGGUUUUGUGGGGAAAGCUCUGGGGUAAACAAUAACAAAGGAAUUAAAAAAUGCUCAGGCACUGAGCUUUUAAGCAGGGCCUGGCCCUGGAAAGAGCAGGACAAAAGCCAAGUAUGGUUGAGCUCUGCCUGUGUUUCCCAGCCCUCUUGUCUUCCUGUUGUCCCUCCCUUUUCCAGCUGUUUCCUCCUGGCACCACUUCUUGUUGCACAAUGUCAAGUUCUGAAGAAAUGCAAACACUCAUUUCUUUGUUCAAAGAUUUAUGCCCUACCCUUAUUUUGCAAUCACAUUCCUCAGAGAGUCAGGCAUCAGCCAAAGUACUGCAAGCCAUGAUAUUUCCAGUCCUCUGGAAUUCUCUUCCUGUAGCAGCAAAGAAAGUCCCAGCACCGUUAUAUUUUUUACGUUUGCUGAAAACUUUAAUUCCCCUCCCCAAGGCUUUCCAAAUGAGUAUUUUUUUCCUGCAGUUGGUUUUUAUGUUUUAAGACUCUUUUAUGAUCUGUAUUUUUAAUAUAUAUGUUACUUUGGCACACUGCUUGGGCAUUCUCUGAAUGUAGAGUGGUUCAUAAAUCCUGAAAUAAAUAAUGAAUAUAAUAAAAUAAAAACAAUAACUUAAAGCAAUCAAACAUUUACAAAUUAUAUAUAUAUAUAUAUAUAUAUAUAUAUAUAUAUAUUCAUUUGUAACUAAAAAUCAAUAAAACACAAAUUUUAAAAUAAAGGGACUAAUUAGGAGUCACCAUAUUAAAUUCCAUCUGCCCAGCUUGAAAAAAGCUUGCCAAAACAGAAACGUUUUCACAAUCAAUGGAAAGUAGCAAAGGAUGUGGGAUUAAGCAAAUUUCAUGUGUCACAGCAACUACUGGGUGUGACCACCAAGAGAACCAUGCUUAUCUUGAUUGAAAAAAACCAAACCUUGCGGCAGGUUCAUGCAAAUUAUCUAGGAUUGCUCUGUGUACCUGUAAUUUAUUUGCAUGUAACCAAAUUUGUACUCUGCAGAAAAUAUGCUGUAUAAACCGGUCUCGUUAGAUUUUGAUUCAUGGAACAUCCUAUAAAGUUUUCCAUUCUGUUCCCAGCACACCAUUUUACCAGAGAGAUCCUAAAGCUGAGGUGGGGAACCUGUGACCCUCUACAUGUUUGGGGACGGGUAGCCGUAUUCCAGGGAUCAAAAACCCAGACACCCCACCACCAUCGGGGCACCCCUCACCAGUCUGCAUCUCCCUUGCUCGCCCCUCCCUGCCGCUAACCCCUUCCUCUCCUGCCUGCUCCCCCCUUCUUCCCUCCCCUCUCUUUGCUGUCUUUGGCCUCCUGCUCACGAUGGGAGGCUGAGCGGCCCCGGCAAGGUCACGCAAGGCCAGGCAACUGCCGGGACCAGCGCGGGGCCUAGUGCGGCCAGGAACAACACCAGGCCUAGCACGACCCCCAGCAGGCUGCUCCAGGCCACCCGAUGCCUGCCUUCUGUUCCUGGGCACAGUGCCUUCUGAACAUGGGCGUGCUCCACAAAAAAUAAUAAUAAAAUAAAACCUGGACAUUUAAUCCAAAAUGCAAAAAUCCACCCAAAUGCUGGCCCCCCAAAACCGGAUGUGUCCAGGAAAUCCCAGGUAUAUGACAGCCCUAGACUGCAUCAGCCCCAGCCAGCUUGGCCAAUGGCCAGGAGUAAUGGGAACUGUAGUCUAAGCAAGAUAGAGGGCCAUCUCUGUUUCCCAUCCCUGUUGGAAAGUCACAAGCUGGCUUCCUUCAUUCUUGACCCUGCUUUUUUCCCUUUGACAGGUCAACUUGACAGCUACUAUGGGCACUUUCGAUGUGGCUGCAGAAGUGGAAGGGGUCAAAGUGGAAGGGGAGGGGGGCAUGCAACUCAUCAUGUCAGGAUCCCAACUGGACAACCUCAAUCGGCAAAUGCAGUUUGUCACCUACACCAACACACUCUUCCAUCCCAACACAGCAGAUACAGGUGGGUACAGAAGGGGCAUUCAUUGCAUUUCAAAGCACUGGGGUGUCAUUGCAGAGAACAGGGGGAAAGGCACAGGAUGGCACAGCACAGAACCAAGGAAAUCUUGUCACAAGGCAGCACAAAUGAGAAAAAAAUGAACAAAAUGGAAACCGUUGUGGGGAUAUGAACAAAGGCUUUGUGGUAGGCCUAUUUUUUGACAGGAUGUAUCAGAUACAUCCUUUGAGCUACUGUCCAAAAUGGGCGCUAAGAAUGUGAGCUAAGAGCUAACUAGUCUCCAGUUCAAGUUGUGCCUCUGCUAUUAGGUGACUCCCUCAGACCCAGUCCUUCUGUCUGCUAUACAGGAGAACUAAUUGGGAUGCUGGAAGAAGCAGACUCCUUGCAGAUACCUGGGAGUUGAGCCUGGCCACACUCGUAACCUCAGAGUUACACUCGCAAUUCAGACACUGAGUACUCAUCACCCCCACUUUCUUCCCAAGGAUCCAACAACGUACCUGUGGUUGCAGGGACAAGUAGGGUGGGUGAAGGAGCUCUCAAGCUGAAUGUUCAUUUUCACCAAGGGGAGAACUUGGGGUUGCAAAAAAGAUGGCACUAUAAUGCCAGUUCCCACUGCUCCUGCUGCUAGUGUUCCCACUUCCCCCCCAAGUAAGGAUUGUGGGCCCUUGAGGGGACAAGGACAGAUAAAGGUGAAGGUCGGCAUGUCAGGUGCAAGCAGGUGUUCUCACAAUUGCUUGCAAAUGUGGCAAAUGUGCAAAAGGUUAAGUUGCUUGUGAGGCAUUAUCCUAUUGGACUGGAAGACCCUGGGGGUCUCUUCCAGCUCUGUUCCUGUUGUGGCAGUUCUAUGGUGAAGUGCUCUGAAUACAUGGAGGGGAGCGUAGAGACUGUUGUUGCUGUGAUUGGAAUUCUGCCUUCCCCACUCUCAAAAAUUGACUAGUGUAUGCAUUUAUUGAUUUGAUUAGAUUUCUUACCUGUUCUUUGCCAUAUGUUCCCAGGGCGGGUUACAACAAUAAAAUAUACAAUUUUAGGCAAUGCAAUGCCUUUCAGUUUGACCAGGCAUUUGGGGGCUGUAGUUACGUAAGUAGUGUAUGUUUGGGGGGGGGGUAAUUAAAAUUCAUUUUAUUUUUUGUUUUUGUUCUGUUUAAUAGUAUAAUACCCUGUGGCCCCAGGGAUAGGGCAGGAUAGUAGCUCAAGGAAGGAUGCUAUUAAAAAAAUGAAGAAAUGCCAUGUUUCUGAAAGAUAUUGCCAGAUUGCUACAGGGGAUGUGUGAUUUUGCUAGGCUGACAACUGUGGAAAUUAAUAAACUGUGCAAGCUGGAAUCUGCAUAAAUGUCUUCUCAUGGAUGGCUGAUAUUUUGCACCUGGCUCUGCCUGGUGGACCUCAAAGUUCCAGUCAAAAGGCGAAGUAGAUUUUGCAAGCGUGAGGUUUGCCAGCCCCUGGCUUAAAACACACUCCUAGGCAUUAUCUAUGUCUGUUUAGACGUCUGGUUAAAUUCAAUGGGACUCACUCCCAGGUAAGUAUCUAUAGCAGGGAUCCGGGAGCCUUUGGUUCUCCAGAUUCCCCAAACUUCCAGAGCAGAUUUUCAGUAUGUAGAAGGGCUUCAGAGGAAAGGGGAGAUCAGCAAAACACACCUUUCCCCCUUUCUGCUGAUGGGAGCAUAAUGUAAACAGAACUCCACUCACAGGCUGCUCCUGUCAACAGAAACUUCAGACCUAAACUGUUAUCCCCAUAUUAUAGUUGAAGGGUGAGUGCUGAGGAGAGACAGUGGUUUGGAUAAAGGCAGCCACCAAGGUCAUCGCUGAGGUGAGAUUUUUAAAAUCUGGGUCUGGCCAGCUCAAACUCUUGGUCCUUAGAAUGUACCAGUUCGUACUAUGUGUGUGUGAAUGGUAGAGAAACAUCAGCCCACAGCCAGUGAUUCACACAGAAAAGGCCUUUGUAGCAGAGAGUCUUUGAAGUCUAGAGUCCCACUCAGAAGGGACCCUCAAGUGCAGCAGGGCUAGCUUGCCACAUUUUGGAGUAAUGCACAUUAUCAUCUAAAGAACAUUAAGCUCAGUCUAAAAUUAGCUUACUGCACCAGAGCUCCUAGGCCAGAAACACGUUCAGUGGUGUUAGCUUUGUUUUCAAGUGCUUACAGCUCUAGACUGGUGUUCUGCUCCUUCCUCUGUUUUCCAGUGCAGUUUUCUACCGAUGAGCACCAUGCAUCUUUCAUCAUCCGCAUCCGCCAUGCGCCUACGCCCAAGCUCUACAAUCCAGGACCCUCCAGUAGAGGAGAAAGUGGCGGUGAGUACUACACAUGAGGUGUCUAGCACACAAAUGUUCCAAGGGGCGGCCUGGCCUUCGAGCCCGUCUGCUGUGUCCAACUUCAGACUUGGAUGAUCAGAAGUAAGAGUCUUUCCUUUCCCCAACACUCUACCCCACCCCAGUCUUUGUCCUCAUCACAUCCUUAGAGAUUCUCUCGUCUUUUUUGGUCUCAAAUUGUUCCAGGAUUAAGUUCUGAUUUUCACCACAGGCCUUGAGGGGAGAGCUCGGAUGGAGCCCUGCACAGGGCUGCAUGCCAUCCCUGCCACCUGCUUGCCACCCCCAUUUGUGUGCUAUAGCAACAUAAGGGCGCAACAGCUUAGAGCAGCGGUAAGCAUGCUCAGGAGUCAUGUAACUAGUUUAUAGUAAUCCUGGUUCAUAGUAAGCAUUGUGUUUAGGAGCAUGUCUUUUCAAGGUAUCUCUUGCUCUCUAGUAGCCCAAGAACCCACUGCAACAGAGUUGGAUACCAUGGUGCUUGUUCAGCUGUGGUGCCGCCCUUGUGGAAUUCUCUCUCUUGAGUGGUUCACCUGGUGCCCUCGCUGUUUCAUUUCUAUCCGUCUUUUUGGUGCCUUCUUCCUUGGAAACCAACCUGGAAGCAUUGUUGUAAGGUGAUAUAGAAGUCCUCUAAAUGAGCAGAUAGCUGCUGGAUAUGCUGUUCUUUUAAUCUCAACAUUGGAAACCGUGAAGGAUAUCCAUUUCUGCCCAAGGCUUCUCAAGCCACUCCCUCUGAGCCAUCCCUCAGCAGAACCUUUCCAACCUCUCCUGUGUUGUGUUUCCUCUGCAGAAUACGACAUCAGUGCCCUGGUCACCAUAGCAACGAAGACCUUUUUGCGCUAUGACAAGCUGCAAACACUGAUCAGCAGCAUCCGCAAGUUUUAUCCCACCGUGACCAUCAUCAUUGCUGAUGACAGCGAGACCCCUGAACAUGUGCAGGGACCCCACAUUGAACAGUACUUUAUGCCCUUUGGCAAGGUGUGGAGACUAGCUGUGGGAAGCCUCAGGCACAUUUCUGAAUCUCUGCUGGGUUCCAUUGUGAUGUGCUAUCUAAGGGCAACCAGCUCUGGGGUCAGGCUCCUGAAGUAGAGAUGGGGGUGGAAUGGGGCUAAUUGACACCUACUAAGAAGGGAAAACUCCACUGUCACUUUCCUCAUCGCACAUUAACUGUAUCUACACUAACAAUCAGGAUGAGUAAAGAGUUUAAAUGUAUUCUUGUACGUGAGCCUAGUCCACAUUAAUGAUUACAACAUUGGGGUAGCAAUGUGAAUUACUAGAAUAUGGAAUACAAGGAUGCAGUAUUGUAUUUGUGGUACAUGGUGACUGGAGUGGAGUAGUGGCUGAAUAAGGCCACAAUGCUGAGGUAACCCCAGGCUGGAGAAAGUUGGUAGAGAACAGUAUGGGGAUCAGCCACUGGAGACCUACAAGUCUCAUCUGGGACUCUGUAGGGAACCACCUGACCCCCUAGUUGCCAAUGUAGAAUGAAAAACUAUUUACUAGCCAGGGAGGGAGAAGCAACACUUGGGUUCCUGGAGCCCAAGGAGAAGUAUGGUGCCCAGUGAUUGAGCUCAUGAUAUUAAAUGGUAAGAUGCUUCAUGGCAAAGCAAGAUGGCUAUGUUUCACUUUGGGGCAAGGGGAAUGACAUUAGCCGUGUUGUGAACGGUGCUUGCAGAACUUUCCCUUCUUUUCUAGGGCUGGUUUGCCGGCAGAAACCUUGCCAUUUCCCAAGUGACCACAAAAUAUGUUCUGUGGGUGGAUGAUGAUUUCAUCUUCACACAUCGCACCAAAGUGGAGAAGCUGGUAGAUGUCCUUGAGAAAACUACCCUGGAUCUGGUGAGUGCCUUUCCUGUAGUUGCUUUUCCUGUUCCCCAUUUCUUUAAUCUGAAGCAUGGAUGACAAACGUGGCCCUCAAAAUGUUGUUCCUAUCAGCUGUGCCAGCAGGAUAAUAAGAGUGGGCAUCCAGGAUAAUCUGAAAGGCCACAGGUUCUCCAUCCUUGGUCUGAAGAGACGGACUGACAUCUCUCCAGCCAAGCCUUCUAAUACCUAUUAUACAAUAUGGCAGCAAAAUGCAGCUUCUAGAAUUGGAGAAAGAUGCUCACAAUGGGGCCCCUUGACAGCCAUGAUAGUUGAAGGGAUCUGUGGGGACAGCAGCAGGGCUGGGGACAUGUCACAUUCUGAACUCCAAAUCAGGCUUGUAGGGAGAGCCAGUAAGGAAGGAACCUAGUCUAAAUUAGGCUGAAGUUGGCUUCUAUUUUCAACAAGUUUUUUAAGUAUAGAUCUUUCCCAGUCGGCAUCUGUAUAAGAAUUGUUUUUAGAUAUUUUCAGGUGUUUUAAAUCAUUUGUGUGUUUACUGAUGCUCCCGCAUUGCAGGCAGUAUGCCUCUGAAUACUGGUUUCUGGAGAAGCCGAGUGGAGAGAGUGCUGUUGUGCUCCUGUCUUGCUUGUGGGCUUUCCAUAGCAUCUGGUUGAGAAGAGGAUGCUGGACUGCAUGGGCAUUUGGUCUGAUCCAGCAUAAUUGUUUCUAUGUUCUUGAGGGGGACCAUGGGGGAACUGCUCUACUCCUUGAUCAUUUUGGUUGCCAUUUUUGCACCUCUGGAAAGCAGGCUGGCUGGCUGCUGUUGGAGACAGCAUUUGGUCUGAGACACUCAAGGCCAAUUCUUGCGUAAAUCCACACAUCUGUGCCAAUAGAGACUGUCCCUUGUAUGUCUGGCCCAAACUCUGUUCCAUCUCUGCAUCCACCCCAAAUGUCCUCUCUUGUGCCUGGCAGGUGGGUGGAGCAGUGCGAGAGAUCACCAGCUACACCACCACAUACCGCCAGCAGAUCAGCGUGCAAGCUGGCGGUGAAGAGGGAGAUUGUCUGCACAUCCGCCAGGGUUACCAUCACGUCAUUGAAGGUUUUCCUGACUGCGUGGUUACUGAUGGUGUGAUCAACUUCUUCCUGGCACGCACCGAGAAGGUUCUGCAGGUUGGCUUUGACCCUCGCCUCAGUCGUGUUGCCCACCUCGGUGAGUCAUGCGGCCACAGUCCAAGUGGUGCUUAGCGUGUGUAGGCAAGGCGCGGUGGCACUUUUGUACAAGGCAGCGGGGGGAAACUGUAUGCAGUGUACAAGUCAAGUGAUGUGCUCGGGACCCCUUGUGAGUGCGGUGGGUGCUUGGAGCAUAAUUUAGGACCAGUGACCAUAUCUGGACUAAGCUGGUUUUUUGGCCACAUGAGGGCUUCCUGGCUAAAAUCCAGAAGACCGUGCUAAUCCUCCUCCUCCUCCUCCUCCUCCUCUCUCUCUCUCUCCAGAAUUCUUCAUUGAUGGCCUGGGUAUUCUGCAUGUCGGUUCCUGUUCCGAUGUGGUGGUGGACCACGCCUCAAAGAUUAAGCUGCCAUGGCUAAAGACAGACAGUGAGAAGCAGUAUGCCAAAUUCCGCUAUCCCAACUCAAGUGACAACAGCCUGACCACCAAACAGAGCUUCUUUUACUUCAAGAACCGUUUCAAAUGCAUGACCGGCAACUAGUCUCUGGUGCUAAUGAGUUUAGCUUCACCCCUGACAACUGGCUUUGUCCUCAGGCAAUUGGGUUUACCAAUCUCAGGCAGCCUGCUCUGGCAAUUGGCCAGAGCCCCAGGCAAAUGGCCUUGUCUGUCAGCUAGCCAAACCCCCAGAACUCAGGGUGGCCUCAGCAGCCUCAGGCUUAAAGAGCAGUUGGGGAAAUGGGCAGCCAUGACCACUUUUUUUAAAAAGAAAAAAAUGUCUUUUCUAGCAGGAUGGAGAGACUGUGCUAUUGCUUGAUUCUGAGCCUUGGUGGUCAGGAGGAUGUGACCUGUUCCUGUGUUUGUUUUGCCCUGUUACGUCUCUGAAAUGGAAAAUCUUGGAUGGGGUGUAAUACUUGAGAGCGCUGGAAGUUAACUUUCUUUCUUUCCUAGUUGGAAGCAACUACAUUUUUUUCUGGGCUUCCCCCUGCAUCUCGCCACACACAGACACAAUACUUUAUCCAGUGCCACAACUUUUUGUGCCAAGUCUUUACAUCUGUGCUCCCUUCUUCCCAAUUCCUUUCCCUCACGCAUCCUCAAGCUGGAGCCAUCCUGGGACAUUUUGAAGUGCCAAAGACUACAGUGAUGGAAAGCAGCCACCAGGGGGAAGCUUUGAGGUAUAAAUUGCUGCAAAGCAACAGAAAAGGAGGACAGCAGGGGCCAUAAAACAGCACACUCAAAACUCCGGACAAGUUCAGGUUUGUCCACUCCUGCAGAAGAAGUGGCCUGUGUUCAUAGACAGUGGGGUGGGAGCUGGGAGCUGAUUUUCUAAUGUGGCAGGAUUUUUAUAUGCUGAAGAAGGCAGACUUGUGUACAACAGACUGCAAUGUUUUUAUUUCAAACAAAAUCCAUUUGACAUGUCUUCCCCCUCAUAUCCCUGAACCCUGCUUCCUUUUGCCUUCUUGGUCCCAACUGCGUAAUCGGUAUUACUGUUCUUCCUACAGCUGCUGUUUGUUUUUGGGGGUGUGAAAUGCUUAUGAAGCAGGGCUGGGUUUAGUUUCUCCUGCAUAUUUAGUUCCAGUGCAUGGGAUUGGUCCUACAGCAAGUAGGCAGCAGCCAUUAAGACCACUCUGUUAUAUGACACGCUUUCCCCACCCCAUUCCCCAUAUGAUGUGCACUCCUUCCUGGCAGCCUGGCUAUGAAGUGCUCAUCUGCAACUGACUGCAGAGGUGUUGAGACAGAGAGGCAAUCAUAGCACUAGCCAAUCAGCUCUAGGCACUGAAGCACUUCUGCAGCAGGGAGAGUGAUGCUGAGGGGACAGAUAUGGAAAUUGCAAGAGUCAAUGUGGUUGGAGCAGGACUGAUGAUCACUGCCCUUUAGCUGUGAAGUUCAAAUAUAUUUGUUGUGCUACCAUAGCGCCCCCUUCCUCCAAACUCUCUCUCUCUCUCUCCAUGACCUAAAGGUUCCCUCUGGUCAUGUCAAUAGACCCAGAGCAAAUGGCUCUUCUUCAGAAGGGGGAACAUGUUGCAUUCCUGAGAGUGCUCUUGUGCUUUUCUGCCACAACCAUCAGAUAAGCAAAUGCCUCAGUAGGUAAAGAAUUGAUGCUUCGUUUUUUCCUUCUACCUACCUUCUCCCUCCAGCCUAACCCUCUUGCUUUUUAUAGGGUUGCUUCUUGUUCCAGGAUGAUGCAUUAUGUCUGAGUUGCUAGAUCACAGUUUCAAAAAGAUUGGUAUAGAACUGGGUCUCAAAUAAGGCAUUUGCUAGAUUGGUCAGUUGGCUGUAACAGAGGCUGCUGAAGUCCCAUUCAAAACUGAAGUAAGCCCUGUUGAGCAUAGUGGGACUUACAGCACAAUUGUUGACUCAGAAGCAAGUCUCUCAUCUCUGUUUAUCCAUUCAGCAGAAUCACAUGCUAAAAGGUAAGGCACUGAAUCUUUCACUUGCUCUCCCUAUGUAAAGUAGGGCAGGUGAAGCCCCUUUAGUUUUAGCCUACAUAUUGAUAUGUAAAUAAGAUGGGUCCUCUCUCUUGCUGUCAUGCCACUUUAUUUAUUUAUUUAUUAAGUGAGGGAGUGAUUCAACCCCUACAGAUUCCCCCACCCCACAACACUUUCAAAUACAGCAAGAGUUAUUUUCAAAAUGUUGACAUAUUGAUUUGGAACUAUUACUGGAAAGCUUACAGCCUGUUCCUAAUUCAGCCUAAACAAGCAAAUGCUUAGUUUGGUACACACGGUAUGAAUUCAGAUCAUGAUACUAGGCUGAAGAGUCAACUAUACUGAUGUGAAAGAGAAUUAAAACUAAAAGCAGAAACCCUCCUCAGUGAGGGAAGCUGCCCAGGAGGUGAACAUCAUCCCCAUUUCUGACUUUCUCCCAACAGCCCUGCAGUGUUGCCUUACUGCCCAACCACAUGAGGAGGGAAAGGCAGUUUAUCAGUCUUUAGGGUGGCUAGCUAUAGAUUUGGCAAGCAAGUUCUUCAGUGGUGGUGGUGGCAGCAGCAGCAGCGGGGUGUGUGUGUUAGCCUUUGCAUGAAAUAAUAUCUUCCAACCUCCCCAUCCUCCUGUCCUGUUUGCAUCCAGCCGUGGGGGCUGCUGCAGCUAUAAUGAGACCUCUCAUUCCAGGCUGCACAGCCCUUUCACUCACAUUGAGUAGAAGUCCACUAACCUUUGCUCAGAGCAGACUCACUGAAGUUAAAGAACAUGAUGAAGUUAGAUCCAUAAAUUUCCAUGGGUGUACUCUUGAGUAAAACAUAGCUGGAUGCCACCUGCUGUUUUGCGGCUGCUCCUUUCCUUUCAUCUUACGAGCUUACUGUCCCUUUCCUGUUGGCAAUGACUUUACCUGUGAUUACUUCAAACGUUUUUUUCCUGUAUAAAGGAAACGAUUUGGGGAAGGGAAUAAAGGUUUUUUGUGUUGGUUUUUUC